AUGUGGAACGGUACGUUACAUUUGUUAACUUUUACAGCUACUGUUGUCUUCUUCAUCUGUGUGCAAAUUGGUCAAGCGGUCGAUAGAAGUAAUUUCAAAAAAUGUGAACAGUCUGGUUUUUGCAGGCGGCAUAGAACACAAACAGAGAAAGCGGAUUAUAAAGUAACUGUGGGAAGCGUUACGCAUAAUGGUUCAACAGUAGUUGCGGAUUUAGAAUGUAGGAUUAAUAAAUUGAAAUUAAGUAUCGUGUCGUUGAAUGAUGCAACAAUACGAAUAUUAAUUGAUGAAAAAGAACCAUCAAUACGUCCGCGAUUCCAGCCUUUAGAUGCCUUAAAAGAUGGAAACAAUUUAAAAACUGCAGACUUUAAAUCAGUGGAAAUUAGUGACAAUUCCACUGUUAUGAUCAUAGCAAACAAUGCAAAAGUAUUACUGAAUUACGAACCGUUCCGCAUUGACUUAUUCAUGAAAGAUGAAUUAGUUGUCAGUGUUAAUCCUAACAGCGCAUUGAAAUUUGAGCAGUUUAGAAAAAAGGAAGAUGCAAAUGAAGCAGGAGUAGCAGAAGGUUUCUGGGAUGAAAAUUUCAAAAAUCAUCACGAUUCUAAACCGUAUGGAUCAAGUUCUGUUGGCGUCGAUUUAUCUUUUAUUGGUUAUAAAUUCAUAUAUGGUUUACCUGAACAUGCAGACAGUUUUGCACUGAGAUCUACAACGUCGAUAGAUCCUUAUCGACUAUAUAAUUUGGAUGUUUUUGAAUUUGAAAUUAAUGAACUCAUGUCUCUCUAUGGUGCAGUACCCUUUCUGUUAGCCCAUAACAAGGAGCACUCAUUAGGCAUGCUUUGGUUAAAUGCUGCCGAAACAUGGGUAGAUAUUAACUCUUCAACCGCAGAUAAGAGUAUUCUUCGUUCAAUUGUUGAGAAAUUCAAGAACUCCGUAGAUUUGCCACAGAUCGACGUUCACUUCAUGUCGGAAUCCGGCCUUAUUGAUUUCUUUUUGAUGUUGGGUCCAAAAGCUAAUGAUGUAUUUAGGCAAAAUUCUGGGCUAACUGGAGUUUAUCCAUUGCCACCCCUCUUUGCACUGGCUUACCAUCAGUGCAGGUGGAAUUACAAUGACGAGGACGAUGUUCGUGAUGUACAUACGAAUUUUGACAAACAUGACAUACCGUUAGAUGCUAUUUGGCUUGAUAUUGAACAUACUGAUGCGAAACGAUACUUCACAUGGGAUCCCAAUAAAUUUUCAAAACCAAAGGAAAUGAUCAAUAACUUAGUAGCAAAAGGGCGUAAAAUGAUUACAAUCAUUGAUCCUCACAUAAAAAAAGAUGAUAAUUAUCAUGUAUAUAAAGAAGCGAAAGAACUGGAUUAUUUUGUAAAGAAAAGCGAUGGUGAAGAUUACGAAGGACAUUGUUGGCCAGGUGCAUCGGCAUAUCUCGACUUUCUAAAUCCAGCAGUUCGUAAUUUUUGGGCAAACAAAUUCGCUUUUGAUCAGUAUGUUGGUUCAACAGAAGAUCUAUUUACAUGGAAUGAUAUGAAUGAGCCAUCUGUAUUCAGUGGUCCAGAAAUAACAAUGCACAAAGAUGCUAGACAUUUUGGUGGUUGGGAGCAUCGUGAUGUUCACAACAUUUAUGGUUUUUAUCAUCAUUCGUCAACUUACCUCGGUCAUUUGGCACGUACAAAUGGUCGCAAACGACCGUUUGUAUUGACCAGGUCAUUUUUUGCUGGUAGUCAGCGUACAACAGCAGUAUGGACUGGUGAUAAUACGGCAAGCUGGGAGCAACUAAAGAUAACCGUACCAAUGCUACUUUCAUUAUCCGUUUCUGGUAUACCACAUGUUGGUGCAGACGUUGGUGGUUUCUUUGGCAAUCCAGAUGAGCAACUUUUAAUACGUUGGUAUCAAGUUGCCGCCUUCCAGCCAUUUUUUAGAUCUCAUUCUCAUAUUGACACGAAACGCAGAGAGCCAUGGUUGUUCUCAGAUAGCACAAAAUUACUAAUCCGGCAAGCGAUUCGAACUCGUUAUUCAUUCUUGCCUUACUGGUACACUUUGUUUUACGAACAUACUCUUAGCGGAAAACCACCAAUGAGACCAUUAUGGAGCGAAUUUCCGGACGAUGAAGAUGCAUUUGAUGAGGAACGUGAGUGGUUAUUAGGUCCCGGCUUACUUGUGCGUCCAGUGAUGGAUCCAGAUGUUCAGUCCGUCUCAUUGUAUUUGCCGGGUAAAAAAAACGUUGUAUGGUAUGGAUGGCAUGAUCACAAGGGUCGUUUAGCUCCUGGUGCUGUUUACGUAGAUACACCACUCGAUAUAAUACCAUUAUUCCAGCGAGGUGGUACUAUCAUUCCAACAUGGGAAAGAGUACGACGGGCUUCAUCAUUGAUGUUUCAGGAUCCCGUUACUUUGUAUAUUGCAAUCAAUUCUGAUGGUGAUUAUGCAAAUGGAACAAUUUAUAUGGAUGAUGGAGAGACAUUUGAUUAUAAAAAUGGCCAGUAUUUCUACUGGGGUUUUAUCUACAAGAAAGAGGGUGAUCAGUUACAUUCAAUUUCAUCGAAGAAUUUGGAUAAAGGAGGAAAAUUAGAAAGUGAUGCUAUUAUUGAAAAGAUGAUAAUAAGAGGUGUUCGCUACUAUCCAACGAACAUUCACAUUUAUUUAGAUGACUGGAAUCCAGAAACUGCUGAUUAUACGCAUGAUCGCGAUGCGCAAACCUUAAUUAUUCGAAAACCAAAUGCUCUCUUAACGCAAGAAUUCAGAAUUGAUAUUCAUAUGUAA